AUGCGACCUGCCGCAUGCGUUGCUUCCGGGCCUUCCCCUGCGCGCGUGGCCUCUCUGCCUCGUCCCACUCGUCGCUCGGGCUGCCACGGUUCUUUCCUUCUUGGGGCCUCUGGAGACUUUCGUGCACAUUCAGGAGACACCGCUGUCGACGUUCCUGUGUGGCAGUAUGUCUUUCUUCGGCGAGCGGCCGUCCGAGACCGCAUUCAGUCGCGGUGGUUCCAAGAUCUGCUCCUCUCAUACAGCCUUGUCGUGGAGGAGAAUGUGCACUUACUGGCGGAAAAUGCGUCGGCGUUGACGAGUUUUGCGGCGAAUUUUUCCGCGGCUGCGGGGGAGAGAACAGCACACGGUUCCUUUUCUCGUCACCGCCACGACGGACUCGAGGCAGAGUUUAGCGGCUUGGUUCAUGGCCAAGUCUCCGACAUCUUCGCUUCGGGCUCGCGGGGCGCGGGCGAAACCCAGAAGCCAGGGAUAUGCGAGCCUAGCGUUGAGGCCGCCGUGGGAAAGAGUGGCAAACCCUGCACGGAGACAAAAAGUGGAGACGUCGACUCGACCCGCGCGGUGAUCGGCGCCCUGCGAGCCCAGCUGGGAGAGACUUCCAGACGGCUAGUAGCGGCAGAAGAAAGCAUUGUAUCGGUGAAUGAAAAGCUCGAGCAGACGAGAAAAAUGCUCGAAGAGAAGACCAUAGAGGGCGACGUUCUGCGCCGCCUCGUAGGAGAGAGGGAGGAGGAAUUGGGGGACCGCGAAACGGAGCUUGCCGAGGCGAAGAAGGCUUGCGCGUUUCUCCAGAAUGAAAGAAAUCAGCUGCAACAGGCCCUGCAGACGGCGCAGCAAGAAGUGAUGGAGAAAGCUCUCGAGAAUGAGCGAUACCUCCGCGAGCUCCUCAGAUACAAAGAGGCAGAGGCAACGCGAUUGAACGAGAUGCAACAACUGUAUGUGUCAAUCAUGGAGAAACAGCAGAAGAUUUACCAGCCAGAGACUGAAGGACGUGGCGACGGUGAAGGAGAAGGCGCACGUGGAUCUGUUGUUUUAGCUGGGCUCGACAUUUUCGAGAAGAACUCCGGCCAACCGGAUCCAAAGGACUUUCGAAAGUCCUCUCGUCGCGGCAGAGAGUCUCUGUUUUUACAGCUCUCUACACAGACGGAGGCGUCUGCAUGCAGUGAGGUCGAGAGGACAGAGUUAGUAGCGUGCAAUAACUCCAGUGAUAAGGGCGGGGAUGGUCGUGGAAGUGGAAGUCACGGGCAAGGGACUGUGGUCAAUAAUUCUCUUGCACAGCGUCUUUCUUUCUCGUCUGGGUGGAGGCGGGCAAAAGCUCAGGCGCCGGCUGCUCAUGGUGUGUCGGGUGAAAGAACAUCUGUGAGCGCUUCCCAGUUAUCAGCUGCGUCAUCUAGAGGCAGGUCCGAUUCUUCGGUACCAACCACGAAACAAGUUGUUCCCUCUUCCUCCGCCUCGGUUCUGGGGACUUCACUUACAGGACGAGAAGUCGGAACCCCAGAGCAGAGUGCCACGAGAGGAGACAUGCCAGCGAGACAGUCGGCCCCGUCCUACUCCACACGAACUUCCAGUAACGGCGUGCAGGAUCAUCACCGUCGAAGUUUGGACGUGUGCCGCCCUCCUACACGUGUGCAGAAGUCUCUUUUGGCACAUCGUGGAAGUGUGCAUGCGUGCUGCGCAGUGCCGCGAAUGUGGGGAGCAGAUAUCUGGACGUCCCCACGGAGUCCGUCUCUUCCAGACGACGAAUGUGGCUUCGCACAUCAUGAGCUUCUGCUUACCUGUGGUGAAGACGGUUUCCUUGCUCUUGUAGACGCAACCAGUCCUGCACUGCUCUACUCGUUCGUUGUUUCGCCGUCGAAGGCUCCACUGCUCUGCGUCGACACGGCGAAUGAGCAUCGCAUUGCCCUCGUUGCCGCAGGCGACGUGACGCUGUACACCGUGAAUGCGUGCAGCCAGCGGGUAACGUCGACGCUCAAAGGGCACAGUGGCCGCAUAACCGCGUGCGGCUUCAUACGUUCGGCUGCGUCCGGCUUUUGGCAUCAGCUGUCUGGCUCUGGGGCAGCCACCGGAGACGCCGACACCCUCAUGACCGGCGCGGGGGGCCCGAGCUCCGCGUCCGUAUGGAGCUGCAGCCUCGAUAGAACAGUGCGUCUGUGGGAUGCCCGCCGGAGUGCAUGCGUGAAGACGACCAGUUUGGACAGUGCAAUAACUAUGGGCACCGCGUCUCCUGAUGGCGAAUGGCUCGCCACCAGUCACCAGAAUGGAAGCCUCUCUGUGCUGAACGUCCGAGCGGAAAAGUGUGAGAGAGUUGCGUCGCUUCAGCUACAUGAGGAGGCAGCCACGGGAGUCGCGUUCGAUCCCAGUGGGCGUCUCCUUGCGACUCAAGGAAAGGACAAGCAACUGAAGGUUGUAGAUAUUCGAAUGUGGAAGGAGGUGAUGACUCUUCUUCACAUAGAAAUGCGAUAUAAUAUCGUCCAGGCCUCUCCUGUCUUCUCCCGUGGAGAUGGCGCUUUUGUGGCAGCGGCGGCAGGCCCGCACGUCUACUGCUGGACCAUCCGGGGCAAAAGGUCGAAUGAGGACGGGCGGAUUGCGAGUGGCGAAUGCUACGGGAGCGAGAGUUAUUGGGGAGAGCUUGAGAAACCUGAAGGGACGCCACGAGGAUGCGAGGGGGGGAGGGCGGGAGGGAUGCAAUAUACCCGCCGGCAGAACGUCUGGAGAGACGCGGCGACAGAGGCUCAGCCGGAUGUUGUUCUGCGUUCUCAGAUGACGGAUGUAACGUGCCUUAGUUGGCAACUUCAUAGAGGCUUGGUCACGGGGGGAAAAGACGGGUCUGUAAUGCUAUGGGAACACGCAUAG